CGCGGCGACAACACAGGAAAGACCCGCCUCCUACCUCGCGCCGCCGCCGCCGCCGCCGCCGCUCCAGCCCAACAUGGCGAUGCACAACAAGGCGGCCCCGCCGCAGAUCCCGGACACCCGGCGGGAGCUGGCGGAGCUCGUGAAGCGGAAGCAGGAGCUGGCGGAAACACUGGCAAACUUGGAGAGACAGAUCUAUGCUUUUGAAGGAAGCUACCUGGAAGAUACUCAGAUGUAUGGCAAUAUUAUUCGUGGCUGGGAUCGCUAUCUGACCAACCAAAAAAACUCCAACAGCAAAAAUGAUCGAAGGAACCGGAAGUUUAAAGAAGCUGAGCGGCUCUUCAGUAAAUCUUCAGUCACGUCGGCAGCUGCUGUAAGUGCGUUGGCAGGAGUUCAGGACCAGCUCAUUGAAAAGAGGGAACCAGGAAGUGGGACAGAAAGUGACACUUCUCCAGACUUCCACAAUCAGGAAAAUGAGCCCAGCCAGGAGGACCCUGAGGAUCUGGAUGGAUCUGUGCAGGGAGUGAAGCCCCAGAAGGCUGCUUCUUCCACUUCCUCAGGAAGUCAUCAUAGCAGCCAUAAAAAACGCAAGAAUAAAAACCGGCACAGGAUUGAUCUGAAGUUAAACAAAAAACCACGAGCUGACUAUUAGAAGACUCAUUAGUACAGAGGCGUCCAGGCCGUAGAGCCCUGCUUUCCUUCUCCGACCGCACACAGAUAAACAUGCCUCAUCCGAGUGCGCGGCCCUCCCACCUCUACUCUCCCCGACCUGUGCCUGUGAGCGAGUAGUUGUUCUAAAUGUGCUGAUGAGUCAUUUCUGUAAGACAUUGCAUCGUUGCUUUGUGUCAUUUUUAGAAACAGAACUGCAGGGAGACCGAGACGUGGCUGUAAUCCCAGCACAUUGCUCUCCGUGCAUUUCUCCCUUAGCACGAACGUCUCCGUAAACCGGCUGGCCCCAGCGACCUCGCGUUCCCCCUGAGACAUGUUCUCUGGUUUUGUAUUACACUGAACAUAGACCACAAGUCACCUUUCUGAUGUAGGCUGUAAAUAUCUGGUAUUUCUCUUCUCUUAUUUUGUGUUUCAUUAUUUUCCUGUUGUUUUCAUCAUCUUUCUUUCUGGGACUUUCUGUGAUGCCUUUGUACAGCUCAUGCCUUCCUGCUGACAUAUCUGGUGAUCUGUUUCAUGCAGUUGCCAAUAUUAACUGAGAAGAAUGUGGUUUACUGUAAGCAAAAUGGGAAACUUGGCUCUGUGGGGUUUUGCAGGGGGAAGGUGAAGAGUGUUUAUUUAAUAAUUAUCUAUCUUAAAUCUCUCCGAGGUGGAAGCAGUUUCGUGUUCAGGGAACAGGAGCUGAAAACCAUAAAUUACAAUCAGUCCUUUUAAUGUAGAUAUUUUUAU